GUUAAUUAUAAAAACAAAGAGGGGUGGGAUCUCACUGAAGGCCCUGAACCCCAUACUCUCCGUUCUUCUCCUGCGACUCCGAGAGCCACACCGUCGGCAUUAGACGACGCCGGCAAGACCCACUGGUUGCGAGGAACGGCGUCGUUCUUGCUAUUUGGAAUUGGAACUCCAUUUGCUUUCUCUUCGCAGAUUUAUUUUUACAAAGAAGAGCAAACGUGAAACGAAACGAAGCUGAACACGGGCUCUAAUUCUAUCCAUUUUCUUCUCUGCCUGUUACUUUCUUCUCCAGCGUCCUAUUGUCGGAAUCUACGGUAUCAACUUCGCAAGUUUGAAAUUUACCCAAAGAAUCGAAGAUAAAUCCCCAGGUUGUUGUCGGUAUUUGCAAGAAAAUCUCAUAGAAUUAUCGGCCAAGAAAUUUUCAUAUGACAUUGUCGGCACCCUGAGUGCUUGUUGAUUUUCCUUCUUUCGUGGUUCUUCGUGCCAAGCAGAGGCUUCUAUUGAGGUUUUAUUACAGUGGUUUUGUGACUUCGUCAAAAAAUGAGUGCCUCAGAUAGCGGUUCUCAAGAUGGGAGGGAUGAAGAUGACGAGGAAGAAUAUGAGGAGGCUGGCGGGGGUAAUCGGUUGUUGGGAUUUAUGUUCGGCAAUGUUGAUAACUCUGGUGAUCUCGAUGUUGAUUAUCUUGAUGAGGAUGCAAAGGAGCAUCUUGCUGCGUUGGCUGACAAGCUUGGCCCAUCUUUAACAGAUAUAGAUUUGUCAGUAAAAUCACCACAGACAUCAACUGAUAUUGUAGACCAAGAUUAUGAUGAGAAAGCUGAAGAUGCAAUUGAUUAUGAAGACAUUGAGGAGCAAUAUGAGGGACCAGAGAUUCAAGCUGCUAGUGAGGAGGACUAUCUAUUGCCCAAAAAGGAAUACCUUUCUGCUGAUGUUUCUUUAUCUGCAUUGAAGCCCACAGCUUCUGUGUUCGAUGAUGAAAAUUAUGAUGAGGAAAUUGAACAGGAACAUGAUGUGGUUGAUAACGAUUUUGAUGUUCACAUGGUGCCUUUAUCUAGUGAACAAGGUAAGUCUCCUGUGGUGGUUUCUACAGGAGAAAAAUCUAUAGAUGAUGAUGAGCAGAUUGGCAGCCAGGAAACUGAAAGUUCCACUGAUGAUGCAGAAGGGUUUCAGACUCAUGACUACCUUAUUUCUGUGAUGAGAUCAAAACAGGAAGUGGUAAAUGAUAAAGGUUCCACGCCACUGCCGGUUUUAUGUAUAGAAGAUGGAAUGGUGAUCUUACGAUUCUCUGAAAUCUUUGGCAUUCAUGAGCCCAUUAAGAAGAGAGAGAAAAGAGACCGCAGAUAUUCUGUUCCCAAAGAUAAGUAUAAAUCUAUGAAUUUGUCUGAUAUCGUUGAAGAAGAUGAAGAGGCAUUUUUGAAAGAUGCUGGUAAAGGUUUAUCAUCUUUGAAACAGACAGAUCUAUAUGACAUUUCUAUAUGUAAUGAUGAUGAGUUGGAAUAUACAAAAUUUGGUGCAAUGCAAAGGGCUUCCCCCAUGGCUUCACACAAUGAUGAGCAAAGAAACGACACUUGUCUCAUUGCAGAGCGAAUGAAUAAAGAUUUAACUGUUUGUCCUAUUGGAGGGCAGUCAUCACUAUGUCCUGAACUUUAUCUGCUUGACCAACAAGAUUGGGAAGGUGGAAUUGUCUGGGAUAGUUCUCCUGUAGUAAAUGACAAUUCUGUCGAGAGUUGUGAAAUUUCAGGACCUGAUUUGGAAGCUUCUGUGGAUAGUGAAACUGAACUUGAGUCUGGGCCACGAAAUCUUCGGUUAAGGCCACAGGUGGAAACUGAUGAGAAGAAUCAUGAUGGUCUCCUGCAUAGCUCCUCAGUUCUUUUGGAGCCAUUUGGCUCAAGGACAGGAUCUUCAAAUCUCCCAUUCCCUGAAAAGAGAUACCAUCCCCAACUUUUACGGUUGUUAUCCCGUCAAGAAAUAGAUGACUCUAAUGACAUGGAUGGCAAAAUUGAAAAAGCUUCUGAUAAACAGCUUCGCCUAAACAAUGUUGUAAGGGAUUUUAUCAAAGUUACAUCCCAAAACAGAGACAUGCUAGAAGGAUCAUGGUCAGACAGAAUAAAGUGGGAGGCAGAUACACCUGUCAGAAAGCCCAAACUUAUUUUUGAUCUUCAAGAUGAGCAGAUGCUAUUUGAAGUUAUGGAUGACGAGGAUGGUAAACAUGUCACGCUUCAUGCAGGGGCCAUGAUCAUGACUCGGCCUGAAAAGGCGAGCAAUGGGGAAUCUCUCGAACUGCCUGGUCAUGGAGGUCAAUCUGGUUGGAGGCAUGUUUCGAAUGACAAAAACUAUUCAAACAGGAAAACUUCUCAGCAGAUGAAAUCGAAUUCUAAAAAACGCACAACUCAAGCAAUCAAAAUUUAUCACUCACAGCCUGCACUUACACUGCAGACAAUGAAAUUGAAGUUGAGCAAUAAGGAUGUAGCUAAUUUUCAUCGGCCAAAAGCCUUGUGGUAUCCCCAUGACAACGAAGUGGCUGUCAAAGAGCAAGGGAAGCUGCCUACUCUAGGACCAAUGAAAAUUAUUAUAAAGAGCUUGGGUGGUAAAGGAAGUAAGCUUCAUGUGGAUGCUGAGGAAACUAUAUCUUCAGUUAAAGCAAAAGCUUCUAAAAAGCUAGAUUUCAAGUCUUCAGAAACAGUGAAAAUGUUUUACUUAGGGAAAGAACUUGAGGAUCAUAAAUCUCUUGCUGCCCAAAAUGUUCAACCAAACUCUUUGCUUCAUCUUGUUCGUACAAAAAUUCAUUUGCUACCAAGGGCACAAAAGCUUCCUGGUGAAAAUAAAUCUGUUCGACCUCCUGGAGCAUUUAAGAAGAAAUCUGAUCUUUCUGUUAAAGAUGGUCAUGUCUUUCUAAUGGAGUAUUGUGAGGAAAGACCUUUACUUUUGAGCAACAUUGGGAUGGGUGCAAAGCUCUGUAAUUAUUAUCAAAAAUCUGCCCCGGAUGAUCAAACCGUCGCUAUGUUGCGCAGCGCCAACAACAACAUGGGACAUAUCAUUUCUCUAAAUCCUGCUGAUAAAUCACCUUUCCUAGCUGAUAUAAAAGCUGGUUGCAGUCAGUUGGCUAUUGAAACGAACAUGUACAGAGCACCCAUAUUCUCCCAUAAGGUGCCCUUGACUGAUUAUUUGUUAGUUCGUUCGGCAAAGGGAAAACUUUCAAUAAGACGCAUUGACAGGCUUGAUGUUGUCGGGCAACAGGAACCUCUCAUGGAGGUAAUGUCUCCUGGCACUAAGAAUCUUCAAAAUUAUAUGAUGAACAGGCUCAUAGUCUACAUGUGCCGCGAGUUUCGUGCCGCUGAAAAGCGUCAAUUACUUCCUUGUGUACGUGCUGAUGCAUUACCAUCACAAUUUCCCUACCUAUCUGAAGCGUUUCUUCGGAAGAAGCUGAGGGAAUUUGCAAAUUUGCAGAGGAGCUCAAAUGGACAGUGGAUUUGGGUUAAGAAACGCAAUUUUCGUAUUUUCUCAGAGGAUGAGUUGAGAAAUAUGGUGAAACCUGAGGAGGUAUGUGCAUAUGAAAGUAUGCAAGCUGGCUUAUAUCGACUCAAACAUUUAGGAAUUACUGAGUUCCAUCCCUCAGCCAUAUCUUCUGCAAUGAGUCGUCUUCCUGAUGAAGCCAUAACCCUCGCUGCGGCAUCACAUAUUGAGAGGGAACUGCAGAUUACUCCAUGGAACUUGAGUAGCAACUUUGUUUCCUGUACACAGGGAAAAGAGAAUAUUGAACGUUUGGAAAUUACUGGUGUUGGUGAUCCAUCUGGUCGGGGCCUAGGUUUUAGCUAUGUCCGUGCUACUGCAAAAGCACCAGUGUCAAGUGCAACAAUGAAAAAAAAAUCAGCUGCUAGUCGAGGAGGUUCUACUGUUACUGGAACGGAUGCUGAUUUACGUAGAUUGAGCAUGGAGGCUGCAAGAGAGGUUCUCCUGAAAUUCGAUGUUCCCGAUGAACUGAUUGCAAAACAGACUAGAUGGCAUAGAAUUGCUAUGAUACGCAAGCUUUCAAGUGAACAAGCUGCAGCAGGUGUCAAAGUUGAUCCAACCACUAUCAGCAAAUAUGCACGUGGCCAGCGCAUGUCUUUUCUUCAGUUGCAGCAGCAGACCAGAGAGAAGUGUCAGGAAAUUUGGGAUCGGCAAAUUCAGAGUCUUUCAGUUUUUGAUGGCGAUGAAAAUGAGAGUGACUCUGAAGAAAAUAAUAGUGAUCUGGAUUCCUUUGCGGGAGAUUUAGAGAAUCUGCUUGAUGCAGAGGAAUGUGAAGAAGGGGUAGAGGGUAACCUCGAGUCCAAGAAUGAUAAAACAGAUGGUGGUAAGGGCCUUAAAAUGAGAAGGCGUCCAUCCUCAGUUCAGGCUGAAGAGGAAAUUGAAGAUGAAGCAGCAGAAGCAGCUGAUUUAUGCAGGUUGCUUAUGGAUGAUGAUGAAACUGAAAGGAAGAGGAAGAAGAAGUCAAGAGUUAUGAUGGGAGAGGAAGCUGGAUUAGGUCCAGGCUCACGAACACCUUUUGGUUUUGAGAAUGCAGAUCGUGUCAAGCAAAUUAUAAGUUCAGUUCAAACUGAUGGGUCCUAUAUUACAAAAGAGAAUGCGAUUGGGGACUUGAAGGUGGAGAAUCUUCUCAAGAAGAACAAGUCUGGAAAAGCGAAAACAACGAAAAAAAAUGAUAUUGCACCUAUGGAUUUGAUGAAUAAGAAACUCAAAAUAGCUGGAGAUGGAGUCAAGAUGUUUAAAGAGAAGAAAUCAGCAAGAGAGAGUUUUGUCUGUGGGGCAUGUGGUCAGCUUGGACAUAUGAGGACAAACAAGAACUGCCCCAAGUAUGGGGAAGAUCUUGAAGCAAACCUUGAAACCCCUGAUACAGAGAAAGGAUCUGGAAAAUCAACUUCUUUGAACCCUUCUGGUCAGUCCCAGCCAAAAGCUCCAGCGAAGAAGUUCAUACCUAAAAGUGCAACCAAAAUAGCACUAGUUGAAGCUUCUGAGAGUGAAAAUAAUGGUCCGAGCUCCAAAGUUCUUCCAGUGAAGUUCAAAUGUGGCCCAACUGACAAGCUUCCUGAUAAAAUUUCCCUCGGAGGGGCACAAAGUUCCGAUAGACCGGUCACAUCUGAUCCUGAAACCGGAAAGUCCUCCAUUAAGGUUAACAAAAUAAUUAUUUCAAAUAAAAUGAAACCCGAAGAUGUACAAGUUGAAUCUCUCAAGGCCCCUAUUCUGAUUAGGCCCCCAUCAGAGACAGAUAAAACCCAACUUGAAUCACAAAGGCCCACUAUUGUUAUUCGGCCUCCGGCAAAUACAGAUAGAGACCAGGUGGAAUCUCAUAGGUCCUCUACUGUCAUACGGCCACCUACUGAAACGGAAAGAGAGCAACCUCAUAAGAAAAUCAUAAUUAAGCGGCCAAAAGAAAUUAUUGAUACAGAUCAGAUCAGUCAGGAUGGAGGCACCGAACUCGAGCAUAGGAAGACUAAAAGGAUAGUUGAAUUGUCGAGUUUUGAAAAGCAUAGAAAGCAGGAGAAUGUGUAUUUUGCUGAGCAGGCAGCUAAGAAGAAAGCUAAAGAUGAUAGGAGACGGUGGGAGGAGCAAGAGAAGUGGAAAAGUGAAGAGAGAAAGAGAGAAGAGAGGGCAAGGAAGCGUCAUGAAGAGGAAAUGCGGAUGUUUGAAGAGAAAGAAAGAUUAGCAGAGCUCAGAAGAUAUGAAGCUUCAAUUAGAAGAGAGAGGGAAGAAGAAGAACGCCAAAGGGAAAAGAAGAAGAAAAAGAAGAAAAGGCCUGAGAUACGAGAUGAGUAUAUGGAGGACCCUAGAGCAAGAAGAUCUGAAAAAAGAGUGGCAGAAAGGGAUCGAAGUGCAAAAAGAAGACCUGUUGUUGAGUUGGGAAGGGUAGGUGCUGACUAUGGCCCAACAGCAAAGCGUCGUAGAGGAGGAGAGGUUGGUUUGUCUAACAUCUUGGAGGGCAUUGUAGAGACCCUAAAAGAUCGAUAUGAAGUAUCAUAUCUUUUCUUAAAACCGGUGUCCAAAAAAGAAGCACCUGAUUACCUGGACAUCAUAGAACGACCAAUGGAUCUGUCCACCAUCAGAGAGAAGGUGAGGAAAAUGGAAUACAAAAGCCGGGAACAAUUCAGGCAUGAUGUGUGGCAGAUCACCUAUAACGCCCACAAAUAUAAUGAUGGACGUAACCCAUGUAUACCUCCCCUUGCAGAUCAACUUUUGGAGCUUUGCGACUAUAUGUUAAAUGAGAAUGAUGAGAAUUUGACGGAAGCAGAAGCAGGCAUUGAAUCUAGAGAUAUUUGAGAAAUUUUGAGUGUUAAUAUGACAUCUAUUAUUUCGUAGAAUGCCCCAAUAUUUAACUUGUUUUACUAGCAGCGUGAGGUUUUGAUUGCUUUUUAUGUAAAAAUCAUGCAAAAGCCGAGUCCAACUAACAAUUUAUGUAAAGAAUGUUGCAAUAUUCCUUAUUUGUAUAUUUGUAAAUACUGUGAGUUCUUUGAUGACUGGCUCCAAAGUUGUAUUAAUAGAAAACCAUCAAUAUAUAUAUAUAUAUAUAUAUGAUGAAAGGAUUAUAUCAUUUA